GGUAUUCUCUUUCGUCUGUCGAGAAACGUCCCUGACCGGCUGACGGGAUCGCGGGAUUAUAACUAACAGAAUGUCGUUUUGUGGCUGGUUUUCUGGCGAAAAAUUUCGUGAUCACUUUGAAAAGGGAAUUUAUGUUUGUUCAAACUGUGGAAAUGAGCUCUUUCACAGUCAGACGAAAUAUGAGCAUUCUUCUCCUUGGCCAGCCUUUACACAUCUCAUCAGGGAGGAUUCUGUGUCACGUGUAAAAGAGAGUGCCACAGCCAUAAAGAUAUCAUGCUCAAAGUGUGGAAAUGGUCUUGGACACGAGUUUCUUGGAGAUGGCCCAAAGAAAGGCGUGAACAGAUACUGAAUAUUCAGUGCUUCCCUUAAAUUUCAACAAUUUGAUGGUAUUUAUUUCUGUUUGUAACAAUUAAAUCUGUAAUCAUCUAAUUUAGUCACUUUUCAAUUGAAGGUUAAAACUAACUUUUUUGCCAUUUUGUUUUUAUUUUUCAGGGAAGCAGGGAUAAAUCUGCAAUAUCUAGGUGUUUACCAGUUUUUUCAGGGAUAUUUUUUUUUUAUAUGUAUUUAAGACUUUCCUAUCUGGUAUUUAUAUUUCAUGUCAGAAAAAUAUGUGAAAUUGAAAUGCUAGGUUAUUAUGAUCAUCAGAGUCUAUGAUGCUUUGAAACAAAGGCUUUCAAGCAGUUUCUCAGCAGAUGACUUUUUCUGACAUCAUAAGAACAAACAUUUCUGUUUUAAGAUUGUGUAUGUAUGUCCAAGCUUGGAUAAAUUUUAUGUGCAGUAUUUUUAAUGAUCAACUGUUUAAUUUAUGUUGAUGGAUUGUAUUAUUAUGAAUUAUAAAUAAGAAAUUCUUGUUAUUUAUUGCAUUUUGAUAUGACAUGUGAUUUACAUCUAGAAAUAUUAAAGUUGUUACUAGCU